GAGGAAGCAAGAUGCGACUUCUGUGGUCUGGAGAGCAAGCGAGCGAGCGAGAGAGCGAGUUAGGAGAGACGCCCUGAGGUCCCUCCACGCCGGUCUCAGGUCCAGUCCAGCACGCCGGUCUCGGUUCUAGUCCAGCACUCCGGUCUCGGGUCCAGUCCAGCACGCCGCAGGAUGAGCAGCCACAGCAAGGCGGUCCAGGCGGCUGCAGUGAAGGCGGAGGUCCGGAGGCACGAGUCGCUCCACGGCGCCAUCCAGAGGCUGAGCAGGCAGCUGGACCGGGUUCCAGACCAGCAGCUGCGGUCCGGCCUGAAGGUUUACCUGCACAGCAUUCAAGUAAAUAUCGCCAACAGCCAGGAGUGGAGUCUGAGCAGAGCCGUCCCCGAGCUCCGACUGGGCAUUCUGGGAAGUCUGAAGAGCGGCAAGUCGGCGCUGGUCAACAAAUACAUCACCGGGAGCUACGUGGCUCUGGAGAAGUCGGAGGGCGGCCGCUACAAGAAGGAGGUGCUGGUGGACGGCCAGAGCCACCUGCUGCUGAUCCGGGAGGAGGCCGGCGCGCCCGACGCUCAGUUCUGCAGCUGGGUGGACGCCGUCAUCCUGGUCUUCAGCCUGGAGAACGAGGCCAGUUUCCAGGAGCUGUACCAGCUCUACAGCCAGCUCGGCACGCAGCGCUCCGACGUCCCCGUCAUCGUGGUGGGCACCCAAGAUAAGAUCAGCAGCACCAACCCCCGAGUGAUCGAGGACCAGAGAGCCCGGCAGCUGUGCAUCGACGUGCGCCACUCGCUGUUCUACGAGACCUGCGCCACCUACGGCUUCAACGUGGACCGCGUCUUCUCAGAAGCUGCUCAGAAAAUCGUCUCCCAGAAGAAGCAGGCGGCGCUUCAGGCCUGUAAGUCUCUGCCCAACUCGCCGAGUCACUCUGGAGGCUCCACCCCCGGAUCAGCACCCUUUCCUGGACAGCCCAGUAACGGCCUGGGCAGCAGCUCCACCUACUCCCUGCCCUCCACCCCUGUGGUGGCCCACCGGGAGCUGCGAGUGGCUCAUGGGGAGGGUGGAGGUGGAGGUGGAGGUGGAGGUGGAGGGGGGGGAGGCAGCUCCCGGUCUCUGAAGAACAUCCCCAGACGACCUUCACUCUUCAAGAACCGGGACUCGGAUAAGAAAGCCACGGAUCCUAAAGAUCUGAUUGGCUCUCGAGGAGCUCCGAUCAAACAGGGCGUCUUGUGGAAGCGAAGCGGCAGCUCUCUGAACAAGGAGUGGAAGAAGAAGUACGUCACCCUGAGCAACACCGGGACGCUGUGCUACCACUCCAGCUCCAGUGACUACAUGCAGAACGUCCACGGUAAAGACAUUGACCUGCUGCGCGUCACAGUCAAGGUUCCUGGGAAGCGUCCUCCGAGAGCCGUGGCCCCUGCCGGCCCCCCCGCCGGCCCCCCCGGGGUCAACGGGCUGAGCAGGGACCCGGCGACCGCAGACGGCGGCGGCGGCGGCGGCGGCGGCGGCAGCACAGUCCCUCAGCUGUGUCCUUCCACCCUGUCUGUGGUUGAAGACCGGUCUGGCGGACUGUCCCCUCUGGGAGUUGACAGAGGACUUCAGCGUUGUCCCUCGUCGCUGUCCACCAAAGCACAGAGUGUUGAUGCGCUGGAGGGAACAGCCAGCCUGUUCGCUGGGAAGGACGGUGGACAGUCGUCCCCCAUGAGCGACCGCAAGAAGAACCGGAGGAAGAAGAGCAUGAACCAGAAAGGAGACGCAGCCGUCGGCCAUGCUGAAGCCAAACGCAAAAUGUGGAAGUUAAAGAGCUUUGGUAGCUUGAGAAACAUUAAUAAGACAGAGGAGGAGAGCGCCGACUUCCUGGUGGUUUCCUUCACCGGCCAAUCGUGGCACUUCGAGGCCGCCAGCCUGGAGGACCGGGACUCCUGGGUGUCGGCCAUCGAGAGCCAGAUCCUGGCCAGCCUGCAGUCCUGCGAGAGCGGCAGGAACAAGGCCCGGAGGAGCAGCCAGAGCGAGGCGGUGGCGCUGCAGGCCAUCAGGAACGCCCGGGGAAACGGGCUGUGUGUGGACUGCGAGGCGCCCAAUCCCACCUGGGCCAGUCUCAACCUGGGUGCACUGAUCUGCAUCGAGUGCUCGGGGAUCCACAGGAACCUGGGUACCCACCUGUCCCGGGUCCGCUCGCUGGACCUGGACGACUGGCCCGGAGAGCUGACGCAGGUGCUGGCCGCCAUCGGGAACGCCACGGCCAACAGCAUCUGGGAGCGCCGCACGCAGGGCCGCGCCAAGCCCCGGCCGCAGGCCUCACGUGAGGAGAGGGAGUCGUGGAUCCGGGCUAAGUACGAGCAGCGGGCCUUCGUGGCUCCGCUCCACCCGGACUCCGGGGCGGCGCCGGACGGCGGGAUGCCGGCCUGGCUGCUGUCGGCGGUGACGGAUCGGGAUCUGGACCGCCUGCUGCUGCUGCUGGCCCACAGCACCAAGGAGCAGAUCAACGCUCCGCCCGCUGCUCCGCCCGCUGCUCCGCCCACAAUUUCACCCGCUGCCCCACCCACUGCUCCGCCCACUGCUCCGCCCACUGCUCCGCCCGCUGCUCGCUCGGCUCUGCAUGCCGCCUGUCAGCUGGGAGACGUGGUCAUGACGCAGCUGCUGGUCUGGUACGGCAUCGACGUGAAGGCCAAGGACCAGCAGGGCCAGACCGCCAUCAUGAUCGCCAGGAAAACAGGAAGUAAAGGCUGCGUGGACAUCCUGCUCCAGCACGGCUGCCCCGGCGAGGCGUCCCCCGUGGCGUCCACCCCGGUGCUGGCCCGCCGCUCCAGCACCGCCAGCCUGGGCCGGACCGGCUCCAGGAAGCGGGUGUCGUAGCCGCCGACUGCAGACCGAGCAACAUAUCAACCCCGAAGCAAUACUGGACUCUGGACUCUGCUGGGCGGCGCCGCCGUCCAGCUCCGCCUCCAGACGUAGAAGUGUAGCCGUCUCCUUACUCUGCUUCUCUUUCACUUCCUCCACAAGAGGCGCAAUAUUCCAGCUCCGUCACAAAGCUCCGGGACGGCGGGCGGUCCGGACCCGACCCCAGCUGCCAUCUUUCCUUUGACUUUACAGUAGAAGCUCCGGUGUCAUGUUUCCGUUACGUGUGGACCAAAGCGAGCGUUUCCAGCGGCGUUGCCCACUUCCUGUCCGGUCCUGUAGCGUUCUGCCGUGUCGCGGCCGUAGAGGAUGUCUUACUGCUGGUUUUGGAGGUGUGCCGGGUCUGAUGUGAGCUGGUUGUCUUUUCUAGUUUCUUAUCCUCCUUGGUGUCUUGAGGCAGAACGCAGCGGCGUGUGAAACGAGCGCCCUCACUUCCUGUUCCUGUGGUGUCGCUGAGUCCGCAUGACCCGGUCCUGAGGACGAGCCCGGUCCUGAGGACAAGCUGAGUCCGCAUGACCCGGUCCUGAGGACGAGCCCGGUCCUGAGGACGAGCUGAGUCCGCAUGACCCGGUCCUGAGGACGAGCCGAGUCCGCAUGACCCGGUCCUGAGGACGAGCCGAGUCCGCAUGACCCGGUCCUGAGGACGAGCCCGGUCCUGAGGACGAGCCCGGUCCUGAGGACGAGCCGAGUCCGCAUGACCCGGUCCUGAGGACGAGCCGAGUCCGCAUGACCCGGUCCUGAGGACGAGCCCGGUCCUGAGGACGAGCCGAGUCCGCAUGGCCCGGUCCUGAGGACGAGCCCGGUCCUGAGGACGAGCCCGGUCCUGAGGACGAGCUGAAAGCAAGGCUCCUGUGAAAUAAACAUUUUUAUUAGCAUCAGCA